CGGUCCUGUUUCCUCUUUAUGCGCUUUCGCCACUAUAAGCCAAAACAUUUCACUGCCGCACUUUACUUUGCUGCUGUGGUGACUUUCCAAACAGCUUGACACCAACUUCCUCACCGGCAGUAGUAUCAUUUUGAUGGGCUUGCUGUGAAGCAUUUCUUUUAUAAUUAGCGUUUUCUUAAUUUUCCUCCAAAAUGCCUGAGUUCAUAUCGGUGGAUGAGUUUAUCGCGGAGACUUUGGAGGACUACAGCUCCCCCACCACCUCUUCCUUCUACACCAAAAUGACAAGUUGCCGAAAUUCCGCCAACAAUAUCGAGGAGGCCUUGGACUCUGACCGUACAAUCUUGCAGAAAAUGAAGAAAGCAGCCAAAGCAAAGCACAUCUCUGGCCAAGACCACGUAUCACAUUUGGAGGCAUACAUCAAUUCCAUGGAGAAGUUGGCCGUGAAUUUCCGCAACAAUGGAGAACAGGAAGUGGCCUCUGCGUUUAAUAAGUUUGCAGAAUUCUCCAAAGAACUGCUGACGCCAAUGAAGAACUUGUUGAAGAGCAUGUUGCACAACGUCAACUUCUUCCUGGACUCGCUGGUAAAAGGGGAUCUGAAAGAGGUCAAAGGUGACCUGAAAAAGCCUUUUGACAAGGCGUGGAGAGAUUAUGAGAAUAAAUUCACUAAAAUCGAGAAAGAGAAGGAACUGGCGAAGCAAUACGGUAUGGUGCGCACAGAGGUGAGCGGAGGAGAGAUUGCAGAAGAGAUGGAGAAAGAGCGCAGGAUGUUCCAGCUACAGAUGUGUGAAUACCUCAUCAAAGUAAAUGAAAUUAAAACCAAGAAAGGAGUAGACCUGCUACAGAACCUCAUCAAACACUACUACUCUCAAUGCAAUUUCUUUCAGGAAUGUCUGGCUGCAACGGAAAAACUCAAGCAGUACAUUGAUGCUCUUACGGGACAGCUGAGUGCUAUCAAACAUAAGCAGGAAGAUGAGAAGAGACAGCUCUGUUCUCUCAGAGAUCAGCUCAGACCGGCUCUGCAGCCCGAAUUCAAGGAGCAGUCUAGGAGAGAUUCUCUGAGCAGACAGACUGUGUACAGCAUGCAUCAGCUUCAAGGCAACAAGCAAUAUGGCACAGAGAAAUCAGGCUACCUCUACAAGAGGAGUGAUGGGUUGAGGAAGAUGUGGCAGAAGAGGAAAUGUACCGUGCAGAACUGCUAUCUUACCAUCGCUCAUGGAACUCCUAAUAAAUCACCAGCUAAACUCAACCUCCUCACCUGCCAAGUCAAACCAAGUCUGGAAGACAAGAAAUGCUUUGACCUCAUCUCACAUAAUCGCACCUACCAUUUUCUGGCUGAUGAUGAAUCUGAUUGUGUGGCGUGGAUAUCUGUGCUUACAAACAGUAAGCAGGAAGCUCUAAAUGUGGCUCUGGAUGAGAGGAAGCCGAGUGGGGAAAACAGCGUUGAGGAUCUGACACGAGCCAUUACUGAGGAUAUUCGCCGCUUGCCUGGAAACAACGUUUGCUGUGACUGUGGGGCUCCAGAUCCGUCUUGGAUCUCUAUAAACCUGGGAAUCCUCACAUGCAUUGAGUGCUCAGGGAUACAUCGGGAAAUGGGUGUACAUUAUUCACGCAUUCAGUCACUUUCUCUGGACAAACUGGGCACUUCAGAAUUGCUGUUGGCAAGAAACGUGGGGAAUUCGGGUUUUAAUGAAAUUGUGGAGGCCAAUCUUCCCAGUCCCUCUGUGAAGCCGUCAGCAGAGAGUGACAUGGCCAUACGAAAGGAUUUCAUUCUCUUAAAGUAUAUGGAGUGGCAGUUUGCACAGCGUAGCGGCGGCUCACCCGAAACGAAGCGCAAAUACCUGCAGGACGCUGUGCACAGUCGGGAUGUCUUCAGCCUCUUACAGCUUUACGCUGAGAGAAUGGACUUCAGCCUGCCACUGCCAUGUCCCCUACAGGAAAAGGGGGAAACUGCACUACACCUAGCCGUCCUAUUGUCUGACAGGACUUCACUUCAUGUGGCUGACUUCUUGUUCCACAACUGUAAUAAUCUGGACGCUCAGACUGUGAAGGGGAACACUGCUUUGCAUUACUGCUGUCAGCACAAUAAAACCGAGUGCCUUAAACUUCUGCUCAGAGCCAAGGCCAACACUCAUAUCAAGAAUGAUAACGGAGAGACGGGGCUGGACGUGGCUCGCAGAUUGAAGCACACGCUGUGCGAGGAGCUGAUCCACCAAUCACAGAACAACCAAUUCAACAUGCACGUGCACGUGGAGUAUGAGUGGAGACUGCGGCAAGACGACCUUUAUGAGAGCGACGAUGACCUAGAUGACAAGAUGGGCCCGGUGAAGAAGGAGCGCUUAGGACGGCCUUUCAGCUUGUAUCACAGUAGCUCUGCCUCUCACUCUGGUGGAGGAGGAAGCGGCGGAGGGGGGUUGUUCAACGUGGGCCGGAGGCUGGCAAUGGCCCGUGGAGAGAACCGGAGGGAGGUGUACGCCAGUCCCAACUCUCAGACACGCAGCCUCGACAGUCCCCCUCCGCCACCCCCUUCAUCGCCCGCACCGCCACUGCCACCUCGAGUCAGAGCUCCAAAUCCCCCUCCUCCCCCUCCUAUGAGCUCACCUGAUGGCUGGACGUCCCAUGAAGUGAGCAGCAGUAAGAAACGAACCCCUCCUCCCCCUCUUAUCAUCCGUCACAAGCGCACCUAUUCUGAGCCCGCCCCUCAGAUGCCCCCCAGCCCCCACGCUUCACGGCAGGGAUCAGCAGAUUAUGGAGUACCUGCUGGCCCGAGGAGCUUCGGCGGUCCAGACUCACCUUUCCAGAAGUGUGUCUCAGGUUCUCCCAAAUACACGUUGUCCACUCUCAACUCCUUAUCUGAGCUACCAGAACGAGCGGGCUUUCGAGCAGAUGGGGAGUGCAGCUCGUCUCACUUUCUGUAUCAAACCCCACAAUCUAUCAGCAGCGGCGGGCGGCAUGCCCCGGCCCUGUCCCCCACCUCCCCGCGCUCCUUCAGCCUGGAGGCUAACGGCAGCUCCACGUCCUCCUGCCACACAGCUCCUCACCCCCUGCCCAGGAAAACUCUGAUGAAGUCGAAGCUGAAGCGCGUCAAGGCCAUGUACGACUGCGUGGCGGAUCAUCACGAUGAGCUCACCUUCAACGAGGGUGAGGUUCUGGUGGUGCUCGGAGAGGAGGAUGCUGAUUGGUGGCACGGCUACAUCGAGGGACAGCCAGACAGAACGGGCUUAUUUCCAGCAUCGUUUGUCUCCAUGCUCGCUGAAUGAAGCCGGCCAACGGAGCUGAAAUCAUAGCACGGUCGACUCUGCUGCCAAAGCACCCUGGGAAAUGAGGGGCUUGAAGUCUACCCACAGAACCAUCGGUAAUGAAGAAUCAGCAUAACAAAGCAGCACUCACAGGCCCGUCUGCAGCGCCAAGGGAGAUGGGAUAUGUGGAACACGUUGUGCUGUGAGCGAAACUUCUCAUAGUUUGCAGUUGUUCAGGCCCCUCACUUAUGAGAAUCAUACCCUCUGAUCCAUCCACAGACCUGACGUCAUGUACUCUCCUAAAAAUGCUUCAAAAGCACACACAGCAUGAUCUGCAUGUUACAGUGAACUGAACUCAGACGUCAGCUCAUAGGUUCGUAUUACGAAAAUCUAAUGCAGAGAUUGUGUCGCCGUUCGAGGGACGGAGAACAGCUUUAAAGCACAACGCUCUGCGACAGGGUAAAAAAAACAAAAAAAAAAAACUAAUACAUUAUUGAUGUUGUGUGUUUGGGUGAAUAUCGAAAAAAAAAAAAACAUAUCCAGGUUAUAUUACGCCUGCAUUUGAGAAAAAAAGUAUUUUUUAUACCAAGAAUUUUUGCUUUGUGACUUUUUUUAACAUUUAAGCACAUUUCCCCCAAAUUCUUAGUUUUUAAAAACUUAUUUGAAUUACUGUGUUAAAUACUGCAAACAGUAUUUUUUUUAAUGUAACAUCAGGGAAAAUACCAUAAAUAUCCGGUAUACAAGUAGCCUAUAUACUAUAAAAACUAAUGAGUAAUUAGUUUGCUUCUCACAUUACAGCAACAAUUUGGAAAGAAAAGUGCUUUAAAAAUAAACACUUUGACUGUCCUAAAACAUUUCUUUGAUUAACUUUUAUUAUAAGGUCACCCAUUUAUUGUUCAUUUUCUUAACUUCAGAACAUAACACAAGUCACUAAACCGAAUGGUUAAGUGGUUUAUUGAAAACAGAUUAAUCACAGGUUCGCACAAAACAUCAUGAACUUAGAAGCUUACAAAGAUGUGCACACAUCACGCAGUUUGGCCAUUACAAUGGGUUUGAAGCAUCACAUUCAGCUGGACAGUCUUUGAACACAGACGAACUCCUUAAAGUGCUUUGAGAGUACAGAACUACUUGUGGCAGAAGACAUUUUUGCAAAUCACGUCACACCCAGGGAAUAUUAAAUCUGCGGUCACGUUGUUAAACAAAACAAAACCAUAAAAACUCAACUGGCCAGAGUUACUGCUCAAUAUCUUGGAAUCCUAAAUAAAUCCACCAGUUGGAAAAAAUAUUCAAUUAUAAUUGGUGAGCUGUUUCUCUACUUGCAUUGGAAGAUCUUAUAUAUAAACAGUUGUAUUAAAAGUUGAAAUUGUGGUUUUAGCUCUGCUUUUGUUGUUUAUGAACCUGAAUGGGAAACUAGGGUAUUGUGAGAUAUUUAUGUAUUGUGUAUCUCAUUAAAAAAAUAGGCUUGUAUGUUUUUCUGUAUUUUUUUUUAUUUUAUUAUCAUUAUUUAUGCGACAAUAUCAAAAAUUGUUUUAUUUUUAAUACUGUCCUGGAUGCUAUUAAACUGUGACUUUUGAAUUCA